AUGCCACGUAAGCUACGUAAGAAUAUACGUAAGAGGAAGAGAGCAUUGAAACAUCCAAUAGUAAAACUGACACCACAACAACAGUUGCAACAACAAAUGCUGAAUGACCCCACUAUGUUGCAACAAAUGUCAAGCAAUCCUAUGCUUUUAAACCGAGUCAUUGGUGCACAGAGUGGAGGUUUAAGAGCGGCACUUUUAGCGAAAAUGGCAGGCUAUGGUGGAGCUGCAGACGGAACAGCCUAUAACCCUCAAAGUCAAAUGAAUUUGAGUUCACUCAAAAAUCAAAUAGCAGAUGUCAAAAAGUCAAACAUAGACAUACAGAAACAAAUAAGUGAAAACGAAAAGAAACUAGAAUAUGACAGACACACAAAGAAACUCAAUGAGUUAAACGUAGAGAAAAAGAAGAAAGAAGAACAACUGAAAGAACUAAGUACAGAGGAAUAUGCAAAAGAAGUGUCAGAAAAAGCAGCAGAAGUAGCAAAAAUGGAACAAGAUGUUAUAAAUUUGAAAAACCAUACUACUCAAUAUAAAGUACUGAAAGAUGAAGAGAUAAAACAAAAAGCCCUGAAGACAUAUAUGGAUAGCGAUGAGUAUAAAAAAGAAGUUGAAGCAAAUGUAAAGGCAGAAAAACUUUUACAGUUGCAAAACCAAACCGUACAGUAUGAAAACUUAGCACAAGAAAGUAAAAAUAACGACGCAGCCAUGCAAAAGGCAAUGAAAAGCGCAGAAUAUAUAAAAGCUAACAAUGACUGGUUAGAUGCCCAAGCCAACGCUAAAGCAGCCCAACUCAUAGGGUCAAUAAGGACAAAAAUACAAGCGGAUGAAGACAGUUCAAAUGAAGCUUUAACAAAUGCUGACUUUAAGAACGCCUUCGAAGCUCUUCAUAGUAAGGUGAAACAAGUGAACGACUUCUCAUCUGGAAAGAAACUGAAGUCUGAAGGUUUCGACAAAGAGUUAAAAGAAGUAGCACAAAAUAUGACGAAAAUAACAGAUGCAGCAACGAGACAGGCAGUUCAAAGUGCCUAUGACGCCGUUAGAGCAACUGUUGUGAAAAGUCAAGAAAAAGAGUUACAACAGACCAAAACAGACCUAGUAAAUGCUUUCUUAAGAACGAAAAGUCAGGUAGGACAUUACGCUGCAGAUGGAACAUAUGUGCCAGCUGGUGGAACUUAUAUACCAGCUGUUGGAAUUUAUAUACCACCAAACCCUCCAAGAGAAGCACCUGCACCAGGACUACCUAG